GAAAAAGGUGCGAGGAGGAAUGGAAGCAGCCGUGGCAGCAAACCGGACGCUGUACGGCAAGGACCUCAGUGCCUACGACGAUCUCGACGUCGACGAGAUUUUGGCGCAGAUGAGCCCGGAAGAGAUCGACAUCCUUGCCAAGGAAGUGGCGAAACCGGAUCCUGACGAUCGACUGCUUCCUCCGAAUCAGCGCUGCGCGUACGUGUGCGAAAAAACCCCGAGUGGUCCCCUGGACAGGAAGCAACUCAUAGAGCACAUCAACAAGGAAUCCCGAGAGGCCCCGGAUGUCCCGGAAAUGGUACCCUACGAAGCUGGUACCGUUCGUGGCAAGCGGUACAUUGCGCCUCCCCCGCCCGUGACGCAACACGAGGAGGACAUCCGCAUCAGUUUGGAGAAUGAGUACGAAGAAGCCUUGUCCAAGGCCAGUGUGGACGACAUCGUCGACCUGGCAGCCAUCUUGGGAUUCCACUCCAUGAUGAACCAAGACCAGUACCACGCAUCGCUGCUGAACCUGGGCCAGCCCCUGGGCCUGGGCUGGGACGGCAUCACCAAGGCCAGUCGAUGCAAGCCCGUGCGCCCAGAGCCGCCCAACACCACGGACGUGGAAGACUCGAUCCGGCGCCUGGCCAACGACGACUCCUCCCUCCGCGACCUCAACUGGAACAACAUCAAGGGCGUGUCGAGCGAACAGUUCCGGCGCCUCUUCGCCGCCCUGGCCACGAACACGCGCCUGGAAAUGCUGUCCCUGGCCAACACGGACCUGACGGAUCGGACGACUCGCCACGGCGGGCUCAUCGAGGCCCUGCAGAGCAAUUCCUCGCUCCGGGUGCUCAAUUUGGAGAGCAACUUUUUGUCGCCGGCGCUCCUGCGCGAUCUCAUCAAGGCUCUGCUGGUGCAGAAGACGCUCGAGGAAUUCCGGGCGGCGAAUCAGAACCCAUCAGUUCUCGGUAAUAAAAUUGAGAUGGAAAUCACGCGGCUAGUGGAGCAAAACCCGAACCUUCUUCGACUCGGACUCUUCUUUGAGUACAAUGACGCACAAAACCGAAUUCUGACGCACCUGCAGAAAAACUGCGACAAGUGGAUGAGACAACAGAGGUUGAUUGAAAGUGUCAGUGUGUCGGAGACGAUAGUUUUGCCCGGCAAAAACGCGUACAAAGAAGAAGAUGAGCAGCGAGAAAAGAAUGAUGAUGAUGCUGUUGCUGCUGGAGGAGUUGAGCAAAUAACUGCUGGUGUAGAAGAAGCUAAGACUGAAGAUCCCACAGAAUAAUGAAAACAAAAGAAAAAAUUGAUAGCAUAAAUUUUCAAGUCUAUAUAUUCGUGGGUCUUUUUUUUCAUCUGGCUGACCGAAUAGAUUAAGAGAUACAUGGAAAGGUUUUAUCUAUAGUUGACAGUUUUACUCGAUACUUUCUGAAUAUGAGGGCUUCAUUUUCGCGUGUUUCUGUUUCAUAAAAUUGCGCAUUUUAAUUUGACUGAAAUUGCGAUACAUGCAAUUUUUUCCCGGCUUCUCGAAUUCACAGGCUACAGCAGUCUAUAAAAGUUUGCGUGGCUUAUUUUUCCUCAAAUUCAAUGACAUUUGUCUUCAAAAUUAAUUAAAUGGUAUCUUUUGUCUUCAAAAUGGAAUUUAGUUGUCUCAAACUUGUAUUAUUUUUCAUCAAAACAAACUUUUUGUCUUCGAAAUUAUUUCUUUAAUUUGUAAGCUUAUUGCUGAUCAUCUUUGAAAAAUUACUUUGAAAUGUGAUCGUCUUGAGCCUGACCAUAAUUUUAGAAAAUGAGAACAUGUUUAGUAUUUAAAUUGAAGUUUGUUCUAAAGCCUAGUUUUUAGAAUUUCAAAUGGUCUAACGAAAUUGUGAACCCUUGUCUCGUUUUGGCAGUUGGAAUAAAAAAUUUCGAUUCAUGUUAAAUCAUCCUUUUUUUUCAAUGCGAUGCUUUUUUUUAAUAGCGUGUAUGUUGCAUUAGAUUAAAUCUUUACCAGCAAUUGGAAUGCUUUGUCGAUGUAAGUUUGUGUUCUGAAAUUUGUAAGAUAUCAAAUUAUUUGACACCUUCCUGUUUUGAAGUGAAGGUGCUUAGUUUGUUCUAGAAGAAAAGUGGGCUGAACGGGUGGUAUUCUUUGGGAAAACGAUUGGUUUUAAACUUGAUGGUGAUUUUAGAUCGUUUUGCAUUUUUUCUUUCAAUUUUAAAGUGCGUCAGUUUGUUCUAAAGUUAAUUGAGUUUGUCGGGUGGAAUUUUCUAAAUGUCCCGUUUCGAAUUGAGAAUUUUAUAGAUUGGCAAAAAAAAUCACCGUCUCUCCCGAUUAAAGAAAGUUCAACGCUGGUAGAAAUCAUUCUUUUGCGGAGAAUUAUUCAAAGUUUGUGUUCUUCAGGUGAAUUGAAGUCGUAUUUUUAGAAUUCUACUGAUUGCUACAAUAAUUGUGUCAUGAUGAUGGGAUAAUGUUUGGUUCACCUGCCAUUUAUUGUGAUAGAGUCGAACAGGAUCGAUGGAAAAAUUAAAUCCUGCUUUGCAUCGAAGCUUUUUUCCCCGAAUGUGGAACUCCGGCUUUCGUUUUUUUUUUUUGGCCUUUCAAUUUUUUGAAAAUAAUUUAUCCGUGUGUCAAGUCCCGUGGCUUUGGAAAAUGUAGGAAAUGUGACGUGAACAAAGCAAUAAAAUGGA